GAUGAUCAUCGUCAUCUGAACCAAUUUAUAGCCCAUGCUGCUCUUGACCUUGUGGAUGAAAACAUGUGGCUUUCCAACAAUAUGUACUUGAAAACCGUGGACAAGUUCAAUGAGUGGUUUGUCUCAGCAUUUGUCACUGCAGGACAUAUGAGAUUUAUCAUGCUUCAUGAUAUAAGACAAGAAGAUGGAAUAAAGAAUUUCUUUACUGAUGUCUACGAUUUAUAUAUAAAGUUUGCAAUGAAUCCAUUUUAUGAACCCAAUUCUCCUAUUCGAUCAAGUGCAUUUGACAGAAAAGUUCAGUUUCUUGGGAAGAAACACCUUUUAAGCUGAAUGCAGAAAAAUUCCAACAUAAACAGUGUCACCACAAUGGGGUAUACUCAGGAAUGUGUACAUUGUAAGUAACUUGAUUAAAUAGCCUCGAAAACUCUUGUUUCAGUUUAUUCUAAGUCAAGUAUAAUGUCUUUUAUGUUUUAAAAUAGUACAUUGUUUCAUUUUGUGAUCAACUAUUUGCUUAUGAGCAGUGUUAUUUAUAAAGAGUUCAAUGAUCUUUAAACUUAUUUCAAAAGUUGAGAAUAAGCUUCUAACUUUCCUGAUUCAGAUAGCUUGAUCUUGAUGUAACUAUUCAAAACAAAUAUCAUAGGAUUUUGGUAAAGUAGAUUUAAAACAAAAAGAUUCGCAAAAGUGAAUGAAAUUGAUAGCACAUACUUUGACUUAUUCAUACAUUUGGAGAUGUUCUAAAAUUUAUUGCACAAAUUUUUGCAGACUAAAAUGUUGCAUGUCUGCCUCUUUCAGAGGCUAGAAAUAGUCAUCUUGCUAUAAUUCUAGAAUCCUCGACCCAUGUAAAAUAGACCAAAGUUAUAGCCCACAGUGAAAUGUAUUGCCUCUAUCACUUUAUGUUCUUGCAUUUUCUUUCCUUCAGACAGUAAGCUGAGGGUUAAAUGAGACUGUUGAUAUCUGUACUUAUUUAAAAAAAUAAUAAUGCAAUUUGGAAAAUGUUAUUAAAGCUUAGAUUACAUUAACAUUUGCACUUGGUGUUCUAGGGUAUAUACCGAAGGGGGGGUCAGGAGCAGUUUCUUCUGUACUAUAGAAGAAUUUUGUUCCAUUUUGAAUAACUUUUGAGCAAGUAAUUCUAAGCAUUGCUCUUGUAACCUUGUGUGAAGUUGCUGCCAUGAUUUUUUAUUCUAUUUGAUUUCAUUAAUAAAGAUAUAACCAAGAUUAUGAUAGUUUGAUGUCUAAUUUUAAAAUGCUGCCCAACACCAGUUGGGCAGUCCUACUUCUAUAUUGAAAGUCUGCAAACUAAUGUGAUCUCUUUAAUCCAGUAGACAGCUCAGAUCACUUCCGACUAGGUGCCAGAGCUUUGGAAACAGGAAGACACUCAUCUAGAAAUCCAGGAGUGAUUUCAGCCAUGCUAACAGGAGAGACCUAAACUUGUAGUUACUGUAUAUAACUUGCCCCACCCUCAAUGAGCAUAUAAUUCAGAGGACAUACUUUUAGCCAGCCAGGGCAGCCUUGUGUUACAACAGAAAGUCAUAGGGAUGAAGAGACGUGGGUUCUGACCUUGGUUCAGCUAGCUACACAACAGUGGUGCCCUACAAAUUGCCUUGCUUUUCUCCAGGCUUGUGAAGGUGAGAUGGGAACUAGGAGUACAUAUCCUGUAUAUUACCAAAGUUAAAUGCCAGUUUCUCAUGUGUGACUAUGUCAUUGAAGGAGCUCAAGGGGAAGUCCAGCAAUGAAUGGGACCUCAUGUGGGUUGUGUAGGAAAGCAGCAUUCCAGGCAUAGAGGUGGGUUAGAUUAGCUGGAGAAAUUACUGUGACUGAUAGGCCAGGACCAGGACAGGUGUAACUGAGAAACCAGGAGGCUGAGCAUUAGGAAAGCUAAGCUGAAAAAGCUUGGAUAUAGGUGUUGUCCCUGAAGAUUCUGGAACACAAGGCUGUACCAAGCACAUACACCUCAGUACUCCAAAAGUGAUCCAGAUAAAGUACACAAACCUGGUUUUAUCCUCCUUCUAUAGCUGGAAAUUUCUUAGGAUACUUCGUUCAGUGUCCAUGUUUCAGAGAAUAGAUACUAUCAAUCUCUGCUCUGACCCUGUGUUUGUCACUUCAACAUUUCCUGUGACAGUCCAUGGCAUCCCAGAAACCUGACUGUUCAGACUCUACCUUUCACUGGGUACCUACUUCAGUCCAUUUUUCUACAUUAACACUUUACUGUUUUACAAGUCAGAGAUUGUGAGCAAACUUGGAUCAUGAUGUGAAAACUUAGGUUUUAACUUCAACUAGGGAAUGUUUCACAAGGGUAAAGAAAGUGACAGAAAUGUAAGUAGUCUAUUGAUAGAACUGUAAUUUUCUAUCUUCCACACUCCACAACUGCUACGUCAGUUGUCAAAUGCAUUUAUCUGUUCUCCAAGUUCAGUAGUUUGCCUUUCUUAAAACUAAGCUCUUCAAAAGGCUUUGCAUUCAUACAGCUUGAACCUAGCUGGAUGUGUGACUUAUUGUAAGGACAACUGAAAGCCAUGGUAUGGUGAACAACUGCAGUAUG